AUGGUGGUGGGCAGCGUUACCAUAGCAGGCCGAAGGACCUCUUGGAUGCCAGACUCGACUGGCUACAUCUCGAUUGCCAAAGCGGCCCGACGCUUCUACAUCACCGACACCCAGCUAGCAAUAGACUUCUGGCAUCAAGCACCCUCCAUCCCCCGCGAAGACGUCCUCAUGUGCGUCAUCGAAGGCUUCUCGAAAAUAUUCGGCACCAACCCUGCCGAGAUGAUUCCCGGUCUCAGCACCUUCUAUUACCAAAAAGACUCCUUCAUACACGUCCAGGACCUCAAUCCAACCGUCGGCAGGGCGCACACGUAUCAGGAUUUGGCAAAUACACUAAGGGGCAUUGGGGAGUACAUGACGCAAUACAAUGCGUUUUGGACCAGUGAGUUUCAGGUGUGGGCAAUAACCCCGACGGCGGAGGUAAAAAUUGGGAGUGGGGGAGUAGGUGGGAAGAUGAUCUUGCAGGCGACGGAUGCUAUGAGUACUGAGUUGGGUGCUCAGACAGGGACACCUGCAUGCAAUCGUGGGAACCGGCAUUGUGUGACAUGA